UACCCAAGACCUUCAACUCCAUGCUCCUCCCGAAACAGGAAAAGAAGGCGUGUUAUAUAACACCCGAACAUCACCACAAACACCCAUCCAAAGAAACGUAGCCCCAAGAGUGCGCACAGGAUGGACACAACUUGGGGCUUAUAGGGCUCUCUGAUUGUGGUGGCCGAAUAAGGACUGCUUUAACGUUUCGCCACGUUUAGAACCAGAGGAUCAGCAUCCUAAACAUGGCUAAGAAGCAGGUCAAUCCUCUAUUGCAAAGGUUGCAGAGCGCUCAAGAUCGGACGUCGAGGGAUAUAAACAACAGAAACAAGAACAGGAAAUCUGAGAAGAUUCCAGAUUCAAAAUCAAAACUGGAGAAGAACCCUUUAUAUAGAGCUUUGAACGGCUCCAAUGUCCAGACCAGACCAAAGAACUCCCCUGCUUCGCUAAGGGGCAAAUCACUUUCAAGAUCCAAGGCACAGUCGAACAGGGUACAGAAGCUGAGCGUUAGAGAACGUCUCAGAGCUUCAGUUGCAAAAGUUGAAGCGUUAAAUUCACAGAGCAACUCUUCGAAGCAAUAUCCAAAUGUCUCGAAUUCAACGGGGAAGCCUAGCGAGUCCAGACAAGGAGGCAGACCUAGCACGCUGAAUAGUAAACUCCAAAACAACAACAGGAUAACAAAGCAUCGGCUGACCUUGUCAUCCACACCUUCAUUGUCAGCUUCUUCGUUCCACAACUCUCAGAAACAGCAAAGGGACAUAAGCACUAGGGACUAUAACGCUGGUAUUGAACUGUCGUAUGACCCCCAAUCUCCAUCGUUCUUGACGGUGAGGAACUUAGAAGUUGGAACGUCGGCAGACGACCUCAUACAUGUCUUUGAAAAAAUUGGUAAAGUUACAGGCAUCAGAGUGAAGGAUUUGGCUUCAGGCUCCGCAACUGCAGAGAUUAUGUUUACAAAGCACCGUGAUUUGGUGCGUGCCUAUGAAAGUGUUAAAGGUUCCUUCGCCAAUGGCCGUCUACUCCAAGCCGAUAUCACAACCAAUAGCCAAUUCACGAGUUAGAACCUCGUUCGCUCUUAAUACUAAGAAAAGAGCAAUCAACACAAAAUUACAGUAGAUUAAUUUAGAUGGUGUGUUCAAUUCAACUGGAGUCACAGUCAA